CACCUCUCUCCUUCAGGGUCUCAAUCCCACACGACAGAGAAGAUAACUUCCAACCAGGACUUCAUCCUCUCAUCCUGCUCCUGUGACAGAGACACGCCAACAUGAUCGCGUUCCUCUUCUUGCUUGGUCUGGCUCUGGGAGCUGUGUCUCCUUCAGAUGAACAAGAGGUGAAGCUACUUCGUGGAAACUGUCCCGUGUUCUGGUACAGCUUCGACGGUCGCUGCUUCAAGUACGUCGCCUCACACAUGACCUGGGCUGAUGCAGAGCUCCAGUGUGUCUCGGAGGGAGCCAACCUGGUGUCUAUCCACAAUGGGGAGGAACAGACUUUCAUCAAAUACCUGAUCAAGAACUUCGACCCUGCUGAGGGAUACACCUGGAUCGGACUCAGCGAUCUCCACAAAGAAGGCAGCUGGAUGUGGUCUGACGGGUCUGCUGUCGACUUUGUCUUUUGGACGGAACAACAGCCAGACAAUAGUGGCGGAGCUGAAAACUGUGUACACACAAUUUAUGACACAAGCUUGAAAUGGAACGACAUUCUGUGUUCAGUAAAACAGAGUUUUGUUUGUGCAACUGGCAAAGUUGGCAUUUGCAACUGAGAAGGUUAUGUCUGUUUCAACUCAAUGACGUAUUGUAUUAAGCCUUUGGUGACAAUACAAAUGUCAUUAACCUUCCUGCUCAUGCAUAUUAAACAAUUACAGUGGAUAUUUCAAUGAUUAGUUAAAUGAAAUAUUUGCUAAACCAAACAAGAUCCCAAAAUGUUUUUUUGCUCAUAGAGUCAUAGAGAAAUGCACAGAAGAAAUAAAUCUCCUAUGUAACUCUCACUACUACUCACGAAUGAAACUGCUUUAUUGCUAGAUCAUGA